UUUCAAUUUUAGUUGGAUGUAUGCAGUGUUUGCUUCGGAUUUGUACUGUAGCUGAGUGAAUCAGAGUUAAAUCGGAGAAGUAAUCUGGUGUUUUUAUGUAUUCCCGGUUUUUGAGUAAUGCGACUCUGUUUAGGAAAUUUGUUUGACAAUUUUCGUUUGAGGUGGUGUACGUAAACUGAAAUUGAAUAUAUUCCGUUUUCCUUUUUUCGAUUUUGGAGGUAUUGUACGAACUAACACUUUUGUGGAUUCUAUUUUUCCUUUUUAAAAUUACCGUUUUCCGUUGAUGGAUUUACAACCUUUUUGUUUCAGAAAAUGUUAAAUAAGCGGGAAACUGGUUGCUGAUUUAAAUAGAGUGUUUAAUCUGCUUUUUCCUCCAUAAGAGCUUGGAAGAGCAGGAUAAGAAGUGAGUUAUUUAUUAACUACUAGUGGAUAGUGCUACUUCAGUUGAUGUCGUUCCGUAGCCUAGCUCGUGACUUAAGGGACAGUAUAGGAAGCUUGUCGAAACGAAGUUUUGAUUUGAGGCUGCACGCUCACCACCGUGGAAAGUCUCAUGGUGCUGUCCAUGAAUUGCACGACCAGCCUGAAGUUAUUCAGACCAGUUGUUGGGCUGGUCUUCCACCUGAAUUACUCCGUGAUGUGAUCAAAAGAUUGGAAGAGAGUGAAAGUACAUGGCCUGCCCGAAAACACAUGGUGGCAUGUGGAGCUGUUUGCCAGUCAUGGAGGGAGAUGUGCAAAGAAAUUGUUCAAUGCCCUGAAUUUUGUGGAAAAUUAACCUUUCCAAUAUCCCUCAAGCAGCCAGGGUUUCGAGAUGGAAGCAUUCAGUGUUUCAUAAAGAGAGACAAGUCUAAGUUUACUUACCAAUUAUUUCUGUGCCUUAGUCCUACUUUGCUUGUCGAGAAUGGUAAAUUUCUUCUUUCUGCAAAACGGGUUCGCCGAACGACUUGUACAGAGUAUGUGAUCUCAAUGGAUGCUGAUAGCAUAUCAAGGUCGAGCAGCAGUUAUAUUGGCAAAGUGAGGUCCAAUUUUCUUGGAACCAAGUUCAUAAUUUAUGACACUCAGCCGCCACACAACAACUCCAACAUCUCCCCACCUGGUCGUACCAGCCGCAGGUUCUACUCGAAAAAAGUUUCGCCAAAAGUCCCCAGUGGAAGUUACAGCAUUGCACAGGUAUCAUAUGAGCUUAAUGUGCUUGGCACAAGGGGUCCUCGUAGGAUGCACUGCGCCAUGCACACAAUCCCCAUUUCUUCACUCGAGCCCGGCGGUUCUGUCCCUGGUCAAUCCGAGCUGCUUCCCCGGUCUCUCGAAGACUCUUUCAGGAGUAUCUCCUUAUCUAAAUCGAUAGCUAGCUCAACAGAGUUCAGCAGUGCCAGAUUUUCAGACAUGGCCGUCCCACACGAGGGAGAAGAUGGUGGAAAGGAUAGACCUUUAGUUCUUAAAAAUAAGGCUCCGAGGUGGCACGAACAGCUGCAGUGUUGGUGCCUCAACUUCAGAGGAAGGGUAACGGUCGCAUCGGUCAAGAAUUUCCAGCUCAUCGCCGCAACCCAGGGAGGAGGAGCGACGCCGUCCCAACCAAACCAGUCCGAUCAUGACAAGAUCAUACUGCAGUUUGGCAAGGUUGGUAAAGAUAUGUUCACAAUGGAUUACCGAUAUCCUUUGUCAGCAUUUCAAGCCUUCGCCAUAUGUUUGAGCAGUUUCGACACGAAAUUGGCAUGUGAAUAGUAGCAUCAGCAGCAGAAGAUUUGUGAAUUAGGCCUCUCUCUCAUUUGGUGACCAGUAAUUACUGGUUUGCCCUUAUAUAUGAAGUAGUAAGAUUCUGCUCUCUCUAAUUGUAAUACAUUUGUUUGUCUUAUUAUUAAGCCAGAGUGCUCUUAAAUUAGCAGUAA